AUGAUGAGAUUAAAUAUAACGAGAUUGACAAAGAGAAUGAAUAUGAAACCUCCUUCAGAAAAUGAUUUCAGCACUUUACUUAUUGCAAAGAAUACUCCUAUCCGUUAGCUUUCAAUAUGUAAUAUAUUUGUAAAUAUAAAUAUUCAUAGCAACUCGUUCAUCUAAACACUCAUAAUUUAUUAGAAGAUUACCUACUAAUUAAAAUUAAUAAUCUUAAUAGCUAACCAGUAGAACAAUAUCAGUUCAUGAUGCACAUUUCCAUAGCGAACCUUUGAAAGAGAAAUAAUUAUAAAUCAACACUAUGUAAAAUAAGAAGAAAUCUACAAGAAGAUUAAUUGGUUUAUAAACUCAACCCAGUCUCAUAAUGUAAGAAUAACACAUUAAUAAGUAAACCAAAGUUUACAGAUAUUAAAUAUGAAAUAAUUGAUAUCUAUUAAUUUAAGAUAGCAGAACCAAAAAUACUUUACAAAGGUAAUAGAGACACAAGUCAUCUUUAAAGAAUUGCUAUAAUAGGUUAAUCUGUAUCACUUAAUAAAUAAUUAAUCCAAAAAAUCAAAUCUGAAUGCAUUUUAGUGUUAUUAACUAAUAAUUUAUCUUAGAUAGAUGAAUAGUAUGAUUGCAUAAUUUAACCACAUCACAUUUCUCCUAAUGAUGUUUUGAGUUAUUAAAGGAAUAUAAAUUAGAUUUGGAUAAAUGUAAAUCAUUUGAUACACACAUUUAAAUAGCCAGAAUAAAUUAUUAUGAUAGAUGAAGUUUUUAACGAAAAUAAUAUCUUAAACAUUGAAGAUUUAAAAAAUAAAAUAUUGUAUUAAGGUAAUUGUAAGAUGAUUCAUCUCUUUCUUUAAAAAGAUAAACCAAAUCUUUAAAAAUUAUAUUAUGCUCUAUGUCAUCUAUUUAAGUAUGAACAAUAAGAUUUAACAUAAUUAAAUCUGAAAUAGAUACUUAAAGAAUGCUCUGAUAAUUGUCUACAAAUUUAAACUAAAUUAACAUAUCUUCAAAAAGCAAUUGAUAUAAAGAAUAAAUUGAAAUAAUAAUUUAAAAAGGAACAAAUUUGUAUAGACUCUCCAGAAAAUAGAGCUGAAAAGUAUAUUAUUUUUAAGAAUUAGUUUGAGAGAUUGUGUUAUUGAAUACAUUAAAAGUCGUUCUACAAAUAAAAUUACAGGAAUGUAUUAUAUAGUUGGAGAUUAAAUUAUGAGAAACAUUCAAUUCUUCAGAAAUAGAUAGGAAGAUAAAUACUUUAAAGAAAAGAGACAUUAAGAAACUCUUCAAAUACUAUAAAAUAAAUUAUAACCUAUUUAACAUGCACUUACUUGUUAAUAAUAAUAUGCAUUUUAUUUACUAUGA